UUCUCUUCUCUUCUCGUAGCACUACGGAAGGAGACACUCGCGCUCUUUCUUCCUUUUUGACACGCUCAAAUCUCCGACCACCCACUUCUUCCUUUCUCGCCGUUUCCGAGAAAACUUUCGGUCCAUUUUCCCUGUCCUUUGCCGCAUUUCUCGCCGAAUGCCGCUUCGUUUUCUCUCCAUCCUGACAUGAACUUAACAUCUUCCGCUCCGACCUCCGCCUCCUCCUCUCUACGCUUUCCCUCGACUCGGCCGCCUGAUCCUCGCUGGAGACACGCGCGAGCUGCGCCACCGUCGAGUAGAGAGGACUUCAGAUCCAGGCUCGUGGAGAACUCUCUCAGUCUCGACAGCGACGACGCCUCCGGAUCCGCCCAUCACUCAAGGUCGGUCUCCGGCCCUGCGGCGGCUCCCAAUCGGCUCCGGCGCCUGGCCUCGGAGUUCCGGUCCCUGGCGGAGCCUAUAGACAGGGUGAAGCGGCUCCUGCACUACGCGGAGAUCCUGCCUCCCUUUGACGAGUCGGCUCGGCUCGACGCAAACAGAGUCCCCGGUUGCGCGACGCGGGUGUGGCUCGAGGUCGGGACGUACGGCGGCGGGGGGAGGGGGAGGAGGAUGAGGUUCAGGGCGGACAGCGACUCAGAGAUCUCGAAGGGGUUCUGCUCGUGCCUGAUCUGGGCGUUGGACGAGGCGGAGCCGGAGGAGGUGAUCGCGGUGAGGGCGGAGGAUCUGGCGGCGAUCAACGUGGGCCUCGUGGCGCACUCGAGGGCGAACACGUGGCAGAACGUGCUGACGAGUAUGCAGAAGAGGACCGAAGCUCUUAUCAGGGAGGGAUCGACGGAGCCUGAUCGGGAGCAGCAGGGACCAGCGGAAGUCAACCGUCGAUGCAGUAGUCCGAACAGUGCCAGGUGCCAAUGCCAAAAAGAAGCUUGAGCCUCGCAAAGGUGUAGACGCAAUGGGUGUAAUGAAAUGGGAUUCAAUGUCCAUAAUGCAUAUCAUCUGUGCCCGGCUUGACUCGCUUGUUAUACAUAGCUCGAGACUCAGCUCGUGUUGAGUCCGGUGUGUUAGGAGAGAAGAACUUGUACCGAUAUCUCAAUCGGAACAUGGGUUUGAUUGAACGAAAUCUCUGGAGCUCGAAUAGAUUAUAUUCUU